GCCGGGACAUCAACCUAGAUGUUAACCGUAUCCUCGGUUACCGCCACUUCUGCAACAAGCUGUGGAACGCCACCAAGUUUGCCAUUCGCGGCCUGGGGGAGAACUUCAAACCAGAGGGCUGUGCCCAGGGUGCGUCGCGAGGGAGCCUGAUAGAUCGCUGGGUACUGAGCCGCCUGAGCCACGCAGUGGAACUGUGUAACUCCGGCUUCGAGCUGUACGACUUCCCAGCUGUUACCACCGCUAUCUACAACUUCUGGCUGUAUGAGCUUUGUGACGUUUACCUGGAAUGUUUGAAGCCUGUGUUUGCUGGCACUGAUGAGGAUGCAGCGAGUGUGUCCCGAAACGUGCUGUACACCUGCCUGGACACAGGCCUUCGCCUCCUCAGCCCCUUCAUGCCCUUUGUCACCGAGGAGCUGUACCAGAGGUUACCACGGCGAUCAGCUCAGGACCCCCCGAGUAUCAGCGUUACCCCAUACCCUGAGGCUGAACAGCACUGUUGGAGGAAUGAGGAAUUAGACCACACUGUGGAGUUUGUUAUGGCCAUCAUCCGCGCCAUCCGCUCCCUGCGUGCGGACUAUAACCUCACCAAGACCAAAGCAGAUUGUUACCUGUCGUGUUUGGACGAGGGCACAGCUGCCCAGGUGAGCCCGUUCUCCUGCUACAUCCAGACGCUGUCCUCGUCCAAGUCGGUGACCCUCCUGGUGAACGAGGCGUGCCCAGACGGAUGUGCCAUGGUCGUCGCUUCGGACCGCUGCACCGUCCACCUCAUGCUGAAGGGCCUGAUCGAUGCUGAAAAGGAGGUCUUGAAGCUCAGGGCGAAGCAAGCAGAACUUCGGAAGCAGAUUGCAAAGCUCAGGGAGAAAAUAUCCAAAGCGGAUUACAGCGUCAAAGUGCCUCAGAAAAUCCAGGAGCUGGAUGCAGAGAAGGUAAGGGCACAGUCGGGCCUGUUCUGAGUGACGUUUCGAGGC